ACUGUCCAUCUCCAUACAGUGUGAACUGAUGAAUUAAUUCACUGAAUACCAUUGUUAGUGCUCGCUUCUGCAAGUGAUUCAUUUGCAUAAAUGAACAGUAACAGACAGAUGGAACAACCUUAAUGGGUUCUUGUCUCUGUGGAAAAAAAAAAAAAUGUUAUUACAUUUAAUUUAGUCCCCUAUACAACAACCCAUUGGUGCAGAAUACAAACUUGUGAAGCACUUAAUCAAAUCCUCUAAGUUUAGGGAUCCUGCCUCUCCACCCAAGUCAAUAAAUUUUCACACUUUGUGACUGAAACUUUGGAUAUCAACUGAAGUGAAUGUAGUUGCGCUCAUAAUACCAUAUAGCUACACCAUACCAUCACUACAAGAAUAAAUAUAAUGUCAAAAGACCAUAAUUCCUGCCCACAACAUGAAUGAAAAAGGUAUAUCAUUGUUUUGCCUUAAAGCAUUACAAAAAGGCAUCAAAGUACCACCCAAACAUAUGGUACACAUUAAGUUGUACUAACAAAAUCUAAUUAUGGGAUAUGUAAUACCAAAUGAAUAAAAAUAAAAGUUAAAAAAAACUGAAAAAGAAAAAAAAUUGUUCUCAAAAAAAUGGACUCAAACAAGAGACACCUAAUCAAUACUGUGUAGCCGAUUACAAAUCCAAGAGACAUUUACAGAGUGUAUUUAAAAAAUAAAUAAGAUGAGCCUCAAUUUUCUACAUAAAAAAAGAAAAGGUAAACAAUAAAUUUGAAAAAAAUCUUUAAGAUGGUUGAUGGCUAAUGCUUGCUGAAACACUUGCUGAUAUGGCGUAGCAUUUACAUUACGUUUAAAAUGUUACAUUAACAUAAUUAAGCUGACAUGUGUUGUGCCCUGCCCCUGUCACCCUAGUGGAUGAUGUUAAAGAAUAAACAUUGACAGAAAGCCUGCAGUGGGGAUUACAUAGCGGUGUAUAUAAAAUUAAGUAACCCUGUAUAAAGACCAAAAACAGAUGUGAAGGGAGGAGGGCAGUUAUGGGGCCUUUUCUUGACAGAUAUUUCCUCUUGUGUUUGUGUCUUACCUUGUUCUUUUUCUCUUCCUCCUCUUUAUGCUCAGUGUCUUCCUCUCCUCCCUCAUCUUGUAAAAUACGGAGAAAGUUUCGUCUUAAUGAAAUGCACAAGCCUGGUGAUGUGAUUCUGGGUGGGCUGUUUGAGGUCCACUUCACCUCUGUCUUCCCUGAGCGAACAUUCACCUCAGAGCCACAAGAGCCCAGCUGCAAAGGCUUUGACACUCUAGGGUUCAGGCAUGCCGUGACCAUGGCCUUUGCUAUUCAUGAGAUCAACAACAACUCCAAUCUGCUUCCAAAUGUGACUCUGGGAUACAGUCUUUAUGAUAACUGUGCGGCACUUGUCGUUGGAUUCAGUGCUGCAUUGUCACUGGCAAGUGGUCGAGAGGAACAGUUUCUGCUUAAAGAGAACUGUUUAGGAGCCCCUCCAGUCCUGGGCAUUGUGGGUGAUUCCUACUCAACAUUUUCUAUUGCCACCUCCAAUGUAUUAGGUUUAUACAGAAUGCCCAUUGUGAGUUAUUUUGCCACAUGUACCUGCCUGAGUGAUCGGCAACAGUUUCCAUCCUUUUUUAGAACAAUCCCAAGUGAUGCUUUCCAGGUGCGUGCCAUGAUUCAGAUUCUGAAACAUUUCGGCUGGACUUGGGUUGGCCUUCUGGUCAGUGAUGAUGAUUAUGGACUCCAUGUUGCCCGAUCCUUUCAGUCUGACCUGGCUCAGUCUGGUGGAGGUUGUUUGGCCUAUUUAGAGGUUUUGCCCUGGGACAGCGAAUCAAGUGAACUCAGGAGGAUUGUACAUUUGAUAAAGACAUCAACGUCUCGUGUAGUCAUUGUGUUUGCACAUGAGUUUCACAUGAUUCAACUGAUGGAAGAGGUGGUGAAGCAGAACGUGACAGGCCAGCAGUGGAUAGCAAGUGAAGCCUGGACAGCAUCUGCUGCGCUCCAGACGCCCCGCUUCAUGCCAUACUUGAGUGGCACACUGGGUAUUGCAAUCCGUCGAGGAGACAUACCUGGGCUCAGGGAAUUCCUUUUAGAAAUACGUCCUGACCAAAAUGACAACAACUAUGAAAAUAAAAUGGUGAGAGUGAGACAGUUUUGGGAAUACACUUUUCAGUGUAAAUUUGAUCCAGCAGCUGAAGCUGGGGGGGCACCAUGCACUGGACAAGAAGAACUAGAGAAUGUGGAGACUGAGAUUUUAGAUCUUUCUAACCUCAGGCCUGAGUACAAUAUUUACAAAGCUGUGUAUGCUCUGGCCUAUGCUCUUGAUGAUAUGCUGCACUGUGUGCCUGGGAGAGGGCCUUUCAGUGGGCACAGCUGUGCUACUUUGCAAUCAAUGGAGCCAUGGCAGCUUGUACAUUAUUUGCAAAAGGUCAACUUCACCACAGCAUUUGGUGAUAAAGUGUCAUUUGAUGAGAAUGGUGAUGCAUUACCAAUAUAUGAUAUCAUGAACUGGAUGUGGCUCCCUAAUGGACGAACUAAAGUUCAGAAUGUUGGUGAGGUUAAGAGGUUGGCCUUCAAGGGUGAAGAACUCACAAUCAAUGAAGACAAAAUUUUCUGGAACUUUGAAUUCAAGGAGCCACCCCGCUCAGUGUGCAGUGAGAGCUGUCCUCCAGGUACCCGCAUGGCCAGAAAGAAGGGGGAGCCUGAGUGCUGUUUUGACUGCAUCCCUUGUUCUGAGGGGAAGGUCAGCAAUAUGACUGACUCCAUGGAGUGCACCAGCUGUCCAGAGGAUUUCUGGUCCAGCCCCCAGGGUGACCACUGUAUUCCCAAGGAAACUGAGUUUCUCUCCUACCAUGAGCCUCUGGGUAUUUGUUUGACAACUGCCUCAUUGCUGGGCACAUUUAUAUGUACUGUUGUCCUGGUAGUCUUCACCUGAAAUCAAAGUACACCCAUGGUACGCGCCAACAAUUCAGAACUGAGUUUCUUACUCUUGGUGUCACUCAAACUAUGUUUCCUGUGUUCUCUGCUGUUUAUUGGACGUCCCAGGCUGUGGACAUGCCAGCUGAGACAUGCAGCAUUUGGAAUCAGCUUUGUGCUUUGUGUAUCAUGUAUCCUGAUGAAAACCAUGGUGGUUCUGGCUGUGUUAAAGGCCUCCAAGCCAGGAGGUGGAGCCUAUCUCAAGUGGUUUGGUGCUGUGCAGCAGAGAGGAACAGUUUUAGCUCUGACCUGCAUUCAGGCAGCAAUAUGCACUGCUUGGAUUGUCUUUGCCUCCCCCAUGCCUCAUAAAAACACUCAGUACCACAAUGACAAGAUAGUUUAUGAGUGUCUAGUUGGCUCCACAGUUGGUUUUGGAGUGUUACUGGGCUAUAUUGGCUUACUGGCCAUCCUCAGCUUCCUGUUAGCCUUCUUGGCAAGGAAUCUUCCAGAUAACUUUAAUGAGGCCAAACUCAUCACUUUCAGCAUGCUGAUCUUCUGUGCAGUAUGGGUGGCCUUUGUCCCUGCUUAUGUUAACUCUCCAGGAAAAUACGCAGAUGCAGUUGAGGUAUUUGCCAUCCUGGCCUCCAGUUUUGGUCUCUUGGUGCCACUGUUUGGACCCAAAUGUUACAUAAUCCUGCUCAGACCAGAGAGGAACACAAAGAAAGCAAUCAUGGGUCGCGGAACAACUUAG